AUGCCCCUUGCAAAGGAUCUCCUGCACUCAUCCCCAGAAGAGGAUAAGAGGAAGCACAAGAAGAAGCACCUGGUGCAGAGCCUCAACUCCUACUUCAUGGACGUGAAGUGCCUGGGAUGCUACAAAAUCACCACCAUCUUCAGCUGCACACAGACAGUAAUUCUGUGUGUCAACUGCCCCACUGGCCUCUGCCAGCCGACGGGAGGAAAAGCAAGGCUUACAGAAGGAUGCUCCUUCAGGCAGAAGCAGCACUAA